AUGAGGCUGCCCCUCCUGCUGAGUCCGCUUGCCCUGCUGUGCUGUGCGCGCGGCGGGGGCGCGCUCGAGCUGGGCCAUAGCCUGUCCACAAAUAAUGCGCCGGACGCAAGUGCACUGAACAUUGAAGUGGAGAGGGACCAGAUAAAGAUAUGCGAAAAUGCAUUUCUAUACAUAAACGUAGCUGGACUAUUUUCUGAACAGCAGCAGAAUUCCUAUGUGAAGAAAUGUGAGAAACUCUUCAACACGAUAAAAAAUGAUACUCCAGGUGAAACAGUUGAGGAAGAGAUAAAUGAAUUCAUAUUGAGCUUACUCCACGCACGUUCAAAUUAUACCAUAAUCAAUGAAGCAGACGAGGAAGUAUUGAGUAAGUUCCUAAGAAGUAUUAAUGAAGCCAUGAGUGAAGAGGCAGCCCUUAAGAGAGCAAAACAGUUAAUCAUGUUUAACCGCUUUAUAAAGGACAGGACGAAAAUAAAAAAUGUACAAGAAAUGUUAGUCAUAAGUAGCAAAGCAGAUGAAUCCAUGAAUGAAGCGAAAAAAAGAAUGGUAGAUAAAAUUAUAGAAUCCUUUGAAGGACAUGACUACUUAGUUAUCUUAGGAUCACAUAUUAACGUCGCCAAGAAAUACGCAUUAGAAUCAUUCCAGUCCAUAAAAAAUGAAAAAUUCUGUGCAGAUUAUAUUCAUUUAUGUCAGAAGUUUUAUGAACAAUCCAUUAUCUACUACAGAUUGAAAGUCAUUUUUGAUAAUCUAGUGACCUAUGUGGAUCAGAAUUCGAAACAUUUUAAAAAAGACAAAUUGUUGGAGCUUCUAAAUAUGGAGUACAAAAUUAGCGGUGAGGCCAAGAUUCAUCAUAAUUACGUUUUGGAAGACGAGACAGUCAUCCCGACUUUUCGACUUACCAAUCUUAACAAUCAGGCCAAGUUGGUUGUCAAAGUGGUUAGGGAUGGGAACAGCAAACUUAUGCACGGGAAGGACAUUGAGGAGAGACAAGUUAGCGAGAGGUACGCUGUGACGGUGAAGAACCUGCGCAAGGAGAUCAAUGACGACGGGCUUUACUCCGACCUGAUGAAGACAGUUAAGAACUACGUGCUCUCCAUCACGCAGAUUGACAACGACAUUUCCAACCUGGUGCGUGAGCUUGACCACGAGGACGUGGAGAAGUUCCUCGUCGACCUAAACUUCUUCCUGUACUACGGAUUUCUCAAAAUCGAAGAAGACAAAAAUAUGAUCACCUUCAACGACGUGGCCCCCACCUUCAUCAAUCUCUACAGAGCCAACCACAUCCUCUUGCUCUACCUCCUAAAGACAGGCUUUGAGGAAAACAAGAACUCAGAGUAUAUGGCCUUCAGAUUUUACAGAAACAUGGGAUAUAAGAAGGUACCUAAUGAUAAGGCCUACAGCUUAUUCACUGCAAAAGGGUCCGCCACCAACCUCCCGAAGCUAUCCACGGACGCUACAAACAAGCACUUUCUGAGCCUCUUCCCCAGCAUUCCCGACACCUAUGAUAUUAACCACUGGGAGAGACCCAAGGUUCAAUUCUUCUUCACUAUGGCUUUUAAGGACACUAACAUUAACCAGGGCUACUCGCCCAUUGCGAAGGAACUCUGGAGUGAACUCCUCUACGCCUUUGACCACUUCGGAUGGUUCUACGUCCACCCACAGAGCAUCAUUUCGAAUCUUUCCAAAACGAGCUUCGUCAGGCAGAUGCUCAUCAGCCGAAACUUCAUUCUGAGGAACACUGAGCCACUGACCCUGCUGGAUACCCAAGUGGCGAAACUGAUGGACAUAAUUCACCUCUCCUUGGAGAUGGACAAAUCAAGAUACGAACUAGACUUCUCCCUCGCAAGCAAAUUCUUCCACUUUGAAAAUGAUUACAACAGUUUGAAGCACAGCGACAAGAAGAGACUCAUGUUUACGUAUGACUAUAUCGAUUCGAUUGCGAAUAACUACUACUUCUUCAGUGAUGUCAAAUAUCAGGUCUUCAAAAAUGAGUAUGAAAACAGAUUCUUCACGUCGUUCCCUAAUGUGUACAGUCUUGCGUACCAGCUAUUCAACGAACUAGCCAUCAAUAUGAACGUCGUUACAAAUGCACCUCUAAAGAAAAAGCUCAAGGAUAAAUCCAACUAUGCCUGGUUCACCUUGCUUAACAUCAUUGGGAAGAAUCAUGACAUUUACUCUAAGGGCCCUCGUCUCGUCUUCGCGGCGUACAUGUUGGCACUAGUCUACUUCAUCGAGUCUCACAUCGACAUAUCUCGAUACCAACCAAAGGAGUACUUUUUCAUGAAGCAAUCGCUGCCCCUGAUCGAUAGCGUGCACAAGGAUGGCUUCACUAUGCUGAAGAAGAGGUGUGACAUGCUAAUUAACUUCAUGAAGAUAAACAAGAUACCUCAGAAGUAUCAGCAGACAAACAUGGAGGAGUAUAUUAAGCUGAUGAACUUGACUGCAAUCGUUUUGUGGGGAAAGGAGAGUAAGAAGUCCGUGUUCUACGACGACAACGUUAGUCUGUACAGGAAGCUGAUGAUUGCCUGUGUGUUCAACGGGGGCAAGACGGUGCAGGAGAAGGUCAUCGAGAGCAUCAACAAAUCGUGCAAGGUCAAGUUCUACGGAUUGAACCCGAACAGGCUAGAAGAAUUCAUCGACAUUAAUCUGAGUAUCAACAAAUGGAACCCAAUGAUCCUGGAGAAGCAAGCGCAGUCUUUCGUCCUAAGUUGCAAAACGCAGAAGCUAAUAUACAAGAAUAUCAAUGUAGAGAAAAUUACACUGAAAGAUUUCUACAAACUGGCAGAUGCACCAGAGAUGAUUAAGACAUACCAUUGCUUCAAAUUGGGACGACAAGCUGCUUCUCUACUAGAAUCCAUCAUCUUAAAGAAGAAAUUCGUCAGGUUCCGAGUUAGCGACGCCAUGGAUGUGUAUGAUUUCUUCUACGUAAAUAAAGUCCUUUCCAACAAUGUCCGAAAGGACUUCGAAAUGUUCUUGAAGGAUAAACAGGGCUAUGAAAAGAAUCAGAACGAAAUAAUAAUCAUGAACAGUCCUCUGGGCCCAGAGAAGACCAAGAAGCUCAUUGACGAACACCAGUGCUACUGGUUCAGCAGCUACGACAACUUCAAGGUUUUGUGGAUGCACGUCUCCAGCAACCUGGGAACCGGAACAUACUUAAAAAACUUCUUCUCAGAAAUAUGGCACAACCUCCGAUUCAUAUUCAAGAGGAAGGCCAAGGUGGAGGAUGUGGAGUUCUUCUCAGGAGAGCUAAUCCAACAGGGGCUGAUCGACUAUUACUCGCCGCUAGUCCACUCAGAAUCGUACUGCCAAGAGAAAAUGCAAGCCCUGUUUUUAUCAUUAAGAGAUAAUGAUGAGGAGAACCGCAUGGAAAUUCCAGACAAAAUCAAGACAGCCUACUUUCAGUGCAAACUGGAUUACUACAAAAAUUAUCACACAGAUAAAACGCACUUAAUUAAAGAGAGGGCCUUCCUCGAAAACAAGGUAUACGUUCUGAAGCAGCCAUACUACCUCAUUAGCAACAUCGACAAUACGCAUAAGGAGAAGUUGCUUCGACUGUUUGUAACGGAGACCACAUUGGAUUAUCUUCUCCUAGACAAUAUAAACAUCCCCGAGUGCUUCGGACGGUGCACCGUCGAUCAUUUCAGUAGGGUUGUACUUCAGCAAGGAAAGACCGAAAAGAACGAGAAAGUAAUAAAAAAUGCAUUAAUCCCAGAAGACACCACUUCUGAGCAGAGGAAAGAAAUGACAGUCUAUGUUAGCAACAUCUAUGUGCACAAUUUAAAGACGGAUUAUUUCACCAAGGAAGAAAUUACCAAAAAGGACAUUGAAUGCAAUAGGGUGAGGGUCUGUCUAGGAAUGGGUACUUAUUUCAAGAAGAACUUCCUCACGGAGGAACAUUUCAAUUUGACCUACAAGCCCGUGUUGGAUUUUGACGGAGAACACAAUUUUAAAGUCUUCCUGAAGAAGAAUGCGUCUCAGAUCUCCCAGAAUGAGAACGACAUUUGCUUCGUCAACUACGCCUUGGCCAUAACCAAUCUAGAAAUCACUGACCCGUACCGCGAAAUCAGCGAAGAUUUGAUAAAAAAUCUGUACAUCUUAAGACAUAAAUAA